AUGAUACACCGACAGACCUGGGAUGGAGGCAGCCGGCCGAUGAGGCGGGUGACCAAGGCGGCAGGCAAGGGGCAAGGUCCGCUUGGCUGGGUGGCCGCUGGUGGAGCCGGCGAGGCUGUGGACGUCCCUGUGCACGAAGCCGUACCGAAAGAGUGUGGGCGUGGUACAGUCGCAGUCCGCGAUGGAGAGGCAGUCGGCAGUGUGAUUGGAGCUCGGGGCCAUGGGAAGACGCUUGGCUGGGCAGUGGUCGGCGCAGCUGUUGGCGUGGCAGUUGGACGUGGCGUCGGCGCAGGUGCGCUCGCAGUCCUGGAGCAGUGCACAGAGGAUGUCGUAAAAGGUCUCGGUCAGGUACACCACCCAGGAGAGGUAGAGGUGGGCGUGCUCCUUGGCGAAGGUGGCGCGUACGUCGUGGCCGAGUGGCUUGAGGUAGGGGCCGCAGGGGUGUGA